AUGUACGCAGAAGAGCUGAAGAGAGGCAAAGUCCACCACCAGCUGGGAGGUGGAUCCUGGAGGCCCAGCCCCAGCCCCGACGCCGCUCCGCCGGAGUCCGCACCAUCUGUUGGGCCGGGCGGCGGGCGGGAGCCGCGAGCGCACCUUCCAGCCCCGGCACCCGCGCGCCUGGCGACGGGCGCCGCACCGUCCCGAACCCGCAGGGCGGACGCGCCCCCGCGCACCUGGCGGAGCCCCAGCCCCUCCGGUCCCGCCGCCGCCUCGGAGUCACAUCGGCCCCCGGCCCAGCGCCCGAGGCCGCCUCACUCACCACCGCCGCCGCCGCCGCCGCCGCCGCCCAGGUCCGGCUCCCGCCACAGCCAGCAGAACCCGGCCAGAGUGCAGGGGCCGCGGCGCCGCCAGGAGGCCGGCCGAGGCCGGCCCGCCCCGCCCUUCGGGGAGGAGGGGCAGGGGGCCGCGCGGGGGCGAGAGCAGCCCGGCAGCCGCGGGACCCGCGCCCCCUCGCUCCCCAGCCUCCGCCUCGCGCGCCGCCCGCUCCGCUCCGCACCCCGACUGGGGCUGGGCCGCGCGCGCCGCCCCGCGCCCCCACCUCUCCCCACCGCACCGCACCGCACGCCUCACGCCCCUCGCCCGUCUCCUGCGACGCUUUGUCUUCCCCCUGCCCGGGAUCGGAAUGUCCUCCUACCUCCCCUCCGCCAUCGCUGGCCCUUUUAA